AUGAUUUAUAAAAGUAGUAGUAGCAGUAGUAGUAGAAGCUGUAGCAGUGGUAGUAUCUGUAGUAGUAGCAGUGGUAGUAGCAGUGGUAUUAGCAGUAGCAUUAGUAGUAGCAGUAUCAGUAGUAACGGUGGCAUUAGUAGCAGUAGCAGCAGUAGUAGCAGUAGCAGAAGUAGUAGCUGCAGUAGCUGCAGUAGUAGUAUUAGUAGUAGUAGUAGUAGCUGCAGUAGCUGCAGUAGUAGCAUUAGUAGUAGUAGCAGCAGUAGUAGCAGUAGUAGCUGCGGUAGUAGCAGUAGCAUUAGUAGCUGCAUUAGUAGCAGUAGCAUUAGUAGUAGCAGUAUCAGUAGUAACGGUGGCAUUAGUAGCAGUAGCAGCAGUAGUAGCAGUAGCAGAAGUAGUAGCUGCAGUAGCUGCAGUAGUAGUAUUAGCAGUAGUAGUAGUAGCUGCAGUAGCUGCAGUAGUAGCAUUAGUAGUAGUAGUAGUAGCAGCAGUAGUAGCAGUAGCAGUAGUAGCUGCAGUAGUAGCAGUAGCAUUAGUAGUAGCAGUAUCGGUAGUAACAGUGGCAUUAGUAGCUGCAGUAGUAGCAAUAGCAUUAGUAGUAGCAGUAUCAGUUGUAACGGUGGCAUUAGUAGCAGUAGUUGGAGUAGCAGUAGUAGCAAUAGUAGUAGCAGUAGCAGCAGUAGUAACAGUAGCAGAAGUAGUAGCAGUAGUAACAGUAGCAGCAUUAACAGUAGUAGCAGUAGUAGUAGCAGAAGCAGUAGCAGAAGUAGUAGCAGUAGCAGUAGUAAUACUAGUAGCAAUAGCAGCAGUAGUAGCAGUAGCAGCAGUAGUAGCAGUAGUAGUACUAGGUCUCCAGUUUCCCCCACAGUCCAAAAACAUGCAGGUCAAGUGGAUUGGAAACUCUCAGCCAAGUUUGAAUCCCGCUCAGAGCGGGUUGAGCAGGAGCGGUUACACAUCCGUAUGGCAGAGGACAAAUUUCAGUUGCCUCCGCUUCCGAGACAGUCAGCCCACGCAUCGUAUCAUGUGGCUUGCUGGGCGCGUUACCGUGGAGAUGUAGUGUGUGUGGAGGCUCACGCUAUUCCCCACGAUCCGCUAUAUGCUACCACUAUGAGGCAACGAGGUCACCGGAGAGCACGCUGCACCAGCAAUGAGGUCACACCAGAGCAUGCAGGCUUGGUUUUGAAGCCUAAUCAGGCAUCGGGUCCUUGUCCCUCUUGGGAAUACAGAGAUGGACCUUCUCCAAAACAGGGGCAGAGGUCAUUCCCCAUUGCUGAGUCUUGA